AUGAAGUGGCUCUUCCUGGUAUACCACCUGUCCGUGGCCCUGGCCGGCCGGACGAAGCCUCUGGUUUCACCGGAUGAAUUCCCUUCUGCAAUUCGACUCAAAGACCUUUUGAAAGGGACCCAGAAGCUUGAGGAUUUCGCUUAUGCGUAUCCCGAGCGGAACCGUGUCUUUGGCGGCAGGGCACACAACGAUACCGUUGACUUCCUUUAUCACGAAUUGAAGAAAACCGGCUAUUAUCAUGUGUGGAAGCAGCCACAGGUGCACACAUGGACCAAGGCUGAGUCCUCUCUGAAGUUCGACAGCGAUUCCAUCGAAUUGACUGCCAUGACAUACAGCCCCAGCGUGGAUAUCACUGCAGAGCUUGCAAUAGUCUCGAACCUGGGGUGCAGUGCACCAGAUUACCCGAACGACGUGGCUGGCAAAAUCGCUCUUGUCAAGCGCGGAGAAUGUACUUUCGCAGACAAGUCGACGCUGGCUGCUGCGGCUGAUGCAGCCGCCAUCCUCGUCUACAACAACGCCGCGGGGUCUUUGAGUGGAACUCUUGGUGGCGUGUCAAACACUUACGCCGCUAUUGCGGGAAUCUCCCAGGCUGACGGCGAGUCCCUACUCAACGCGGCAGGAAAUGGCGCCGUGACUGUCUCUCUUGACAUCGACAGCAGAAUCGAAAACCGCACUACUUUCAACGUGAUUGCAGAAACAAAAGGCGGCGAUCACAACAACGUCGUCGCAUUGGGAGGCCACACGGACUCUGUCGAAGCUGGCCCGGGCAUCAACGAUGACGGAUCUGGGAUUAUCAGCAACCUCGUGGUUGCAAAAGCACUGACGCGGUUCUCUGUCAAGAAUGCCGUGCGGUUUUUGUUCUGGACCGGAGAAGAGUUCGGUCUCCUAGGCAGUGAGUUCUAUACCUCGCAUCUGAGUCCCGCGGAACUGGCGAAAAUCAAGCUGUACCUGAACUUCGACAUGAUCGCCUCGCCCAACUACGCGUUGAUGAUCUACGACGGCGACGGAAGCGCCUUCAACCAAACGGGACCCGCGGGCUCUGCCCAGAUCGAGGCCUUGUUCCAGGACUAUUACACCUCCAAGAACCUGCCGUACAUUCCAACUGCCUUUGAUGGGCGAUCUGACUACGACGGAUUCAUCUCUCGUGGCAUUCCCGCAGGAGGAGCGUUCACCGGUGCCGAAGGCAUCAAGACCGCAGAAGAGGCGAAAUUGUUCGGUGGCCAGGCGAAUGUAUCUUACGAUGCGAACUACCAUGCCGUCGGGGACAACACCACCAACCUCAACCAUGAGGCCUUCCUGCUCAAUUCGAGGGCUACGGCUUUUGCUGUCGCAACGUAUGCCAACAGCCUGGCUUCAAUCCCGCCGCGGAAUGGAACACUUGCCAGGCGAGUCGUCAAGAAGAGAGCCCCACGCUCGCAUGCUCACACCAAGGGCACGGGGUGCUUCCAUUCUCUGGUUGAAAUAUAG